UUAUUCAUUCCAUUCGUGUAGUUGUUAUGAAACAGUGACACUGUUUUUUCCGUCAUGUAUAGUUAAAUGGUCACUGAACAAUCUUCUUUUACCUCUUUCAUAACAGUCUGGCUUCAUACAACCUGAUGGGCCUAGUAGAACAUGUGCCAGCUGACGCAAAAGAGCAAGUAAUUCAUUCAGAUCCUUGUCUGCAUACUAUGAGAAGAUAUUUAUUGUUAAACUACUAAGGAGUAAGGGCAACGCCAUCACCCAAAAUUCACAGGUCGUGGGGCAAAUUUUUAAGGUCGAACCAUGCUUCAUGCGUAACUGUGUGAAAAUAUAUUAUGUUAUAAUUGUCCUAGUUUUCACAAAGUUCAGGUCAGGUUAUCAAGUUUUCUGUGUAUAAGCAUAUACCAUGACAUAGUCUUGCUUAGAAAAAUAUAUACAUUUCCAACAUGAGGGGAAAAAGUUUGUUUUACACACAUUGACCCUUUGUGAACGCGUGGUCUUAUUCAUCACAGUUUGUUGUAAAUUGCCAGAUUAGGAGUCUGUAACUAAAUGUUAUAGUCCAUUUAAUGGAUUUUCAAAUACAUUGAAAAAAUAUUUUAGUUAUGAAGCACAAAACCCCUAUGGAAUCCCGUUUCCGCCAGGUAAGAAAAAAAUUAAUGCCUCAAAAAGUCGAAAUUAUGACAUACUAAAUCGAAAUUACGAGAUAAAGUCAAAAUUACGCGUUAUUAAGUCAUAAUUUCGAGAUAAAAAGUCAAAAUUAUGACUUCAAAAGUCGAAAUUAUGAGAUAAAAUGUCGAAAUUAUGACUUAACUAUGUCAUAAUUACGAGAUAAAAAGUCGAAAUUAUGACUUGCUGCUGGCUCAUCUACACGACAGGACGCACGAUGAUGUGAACACACUAAGUAGUAGCCUGAUCUAGUAGUUUGAUGAUCAUUGCCAUAAUUAGCGGAACGGCAUGGAAAAGUAUGAGCAAACCCACCCUUGAAAGCAUUUCAAGCAAAGAAUUGCAUCACCCCAAGUAAGUCGCAAAAUUACAGAAGUAGGCCUAUUGCACAUAUGUAAAGCCUAGAAUGAUCCCGCAUCAUGUUCAGAAUUUAAUCAUUGACUGGCGCAUAAACGCUCUUUAACAACAGCCUAGGCCAUAUGGAAAAAUUAGAACACUGUGGAAAUGUUGAAGUUUGCAGAUGUAAGUUAUAAUAAUGAUUAGCAUGUAACAUUUAUGGGGAAACAUAAAGCUACCAUAAUUCCAACAAAAAAUAUUAAUUGGGUCAAAUUUACUGCAUAAAUACGUGGCUACUGUCUUGAAAUUGUAUUUUAUUAUACGUGUUUACAUAUGCUUAAUAGUAAUAAUGUUUAUCCAUGUUGUUGUGAUGUGCAGCCUAGGAAGUAUGGUUUAAAAAAAAAGAAGAAAAAAAACAAUCAGAAAUGAUAUAUGUAAAACCUAUUAAUUUCAUGUAUCUUAUUUAUUUGUCAUACAAUCAUCAAUUCAGUUUCGAUAUCGAACCAAGACGGAUUUCUCGUUGUGAUUUCUAUUGUUCGUUCAAAGUCGUACCCUCCACUAGAUGGCAACACAGACCGAUCUGAUAGCAGCUCAAAUUUAUGUUGAUAGACGUAACCAGCAUUGAGGUAUUAUUAUAUACAUCGUUGUCUUCUAGGAUGGAUGACAUUUAUGACUUUAUGAAGUCAAGAAACGUUUCAGAUGACAUCAUACAGCGAAUGCAACAGGAUAAGAUUGAUUGCAGUGUCAUACAGCUUAUGACAGAUGACCAGCUGAAGGAAUAUCUGCCUUCCUAUGGUGACCGACUGGCUGUUCAUGGAUACUGCAGGCGAAAAGAACAAGAUCCCAGUGGCCGAAAAGCUAAACUUUUUGAUCGGCUGAGAACCAGGCUAGCAAGAAGCAAAGGUGACACUGACAAUGUAUGUGAAAAAACAAUGUCAAAAAAUGCUCAAAAGAGUAUGCGAAAAAUUGAGAUGGGAUGGAUGCAUUUUCGAGAAGGGAAGUUUACUCAGGUCCGAACAAAAAGGUGGGGUACACGGAAAAUCUCUGUGUCAAAGGACUGUAGAAAAAAGGAUCUACUUGAAAAGGCUGUCAAGUUGUUUUUUCCUGGUGAGAAAAGUUCAGAGGGAAACUUCACAGAUUUUGUGGUUGAUGUAACAGACUUUAAAGAGCAAGCAAUAGAUGACCAGAUUACAGUUGGAGAACUUUAUGAGCUGACCAAAUUACCAGUCUUGCGUUUUUACUUGACAACCAAGAAGAAAAUCAUCCCUAGUGACACGCAGUCAGACACACAGUUCCACUUCAGCAGCGAAACAAUUGCGUAGAGAGCGGAAAACAUGCAAGAUUCCUGGUCUCCCACACGUACCAGCCAGUCCGCUCUGUUCUCUGAGAAUGUUGAGCCAGAUCUAAUUUACAUAAGCAGUAGCGCUGUAAUUGCAACAGGCAGUGAUGAUGUUUUUUUGUCUGACUCAAUAACUAGCGUGCCUGAUGCAUCAAGUGCGAUUGAGACUGAUGCAGCCAGACAGCCAGAGGUGGACAAUCUGGAGGAUAGUGGCACUGUAACAGUCUCCACUGGACACAUCUCUGGGCUGGAAGACACUGCGCUAGAUGACACCUUACCUCUUUUAGAGGAAUCAUAUUCUCUUCCUUCUCCAAUUGAUAACUCACCAGAGCCGUUUGUUCAGAGUGAAAGGGUGAAGAAAAUUCUUGUUCUUCAUCGUGGCCAGGCCCUUCGACAGCUUAUUGCACAUUUUUGUGACAAAAGUGUCUUGACAGAUAACAUAUCUAUGAAAGUCAUUCUUCCUGAUGGACGGCUAGAAAAUGCUGUUGAUGAAGGGGGGGUUUUGAGGGAUGUGCUUUCUGAGUUUUGGAAUGACUUUUAUGAGCAAUGCUCUUUGGGAAAUAGUUUUAAGGUCCCUUAUCUACGACAUGACUUUGGUCAACAAGAGUGGGAAAGCAUUGGCCGAAUCAUUGCAUUUGGUUGGCUAAAAGAGAAGUACCUGCCUGUAAAAAUAGCACCUGUAAUGCUGGAACAGGCAGCUCAUGGAUGUGUCACAACAAGUCUUGUGGACUGCUUUCUCAGAUAUGUUACAGAAUCAGACAGGGUGAUCCUAGAAUCAUGCCGUUCACAUUUUGAAGAUGUGGACAAAGAAGAGCUGUUUGAGGUGAUGGAUCAUCAUAACUGUCGAAGAAUCCCAACAGCAGAUAAUAUUGAGCAGCUCUUGGAGGAGAUGGCACAUCAGAAGUUGAUUCAAGAACCUGCGUUUGUGAUAGAGCAGUGGCAUGAUGUGCUUGCACCUAUGAGAAUUGAGCUCCAGGACAUCGCAGCUGCCUAUGAUGAACUCCAACCGACAUCAAGAAAGGUCAUGAAAUCAAUAGCUUACCCUGCUACGAUGAAUGUACAACAAAAACAAACUGGCAGGUAUCUAAGUACAUUUCUUAGAGAAUCAGAUAAACAACACCUGUCCCUCUUCCUUCGGUUUUGCACCGGGUCAGAUUUGUUCCUGGGAAAGAACAUCACCGUUAGCUUCACACAACUGGAAGGCUUUCAAAGACGACCCAUUGCACACACAUGUGGCUGUUACCUGGAGCUGCCUGUGAAUUAUGAUAACUACCCAGAGUUUCGCCACGAAAUGAACAAAGUGUUAGAGAGCAACAUAUGGGUCAUGGAUAUAGUCUAGGACACUUAGUAUAGGCCUACUAUUUAGGAAGGAACUGAAGCUAAGCUUAAACAACCUAAAAAGCUUUAUUUUUUGUUUUUUUCUCAAGAUGUGAUUUACAUGUUCACAUUUCCAAAGUUCCUGUUAAUAUUCUCUCUAAGGCACAAGAGAAGGAACUGAAGUUAAGCUUAAACAACAUAAUUGAGGUCAAAGCAAGCUUUAUUUUUUGUUUUUGUCUUUUUUUUUCAAGAUGCGUUUUACAUGUUCACAUUUCCAAAGUUUCUGUUAAUAUUCUCUCUGAGGCACAAAGUUUGAAAGGGCCUUUUUGAUAUUCCAGUAACAAAGAUUCUACAAUUUGUCAUGUAUUUUGAUAAAAAGAAGUUUUUCUACACAUAUUAUACAAAACUUUCCUUUUGUUUUUAUUCUCGUCAUCACUGUUCUUUCAUUACUAUAACACAAGUAGCCUAUGCUACAGUUUAUUUAAAUGUAUUUUUUUUCCAAUUGCAAUUUUGGAAUGUGUUGUUUUGGGACAAUUAAACAAUUCCCUUGUUAAAACACAACUUGUUUGUCUUCAUUACUGACCAGUAGAAUACAAAUAUCAAAUGUUAAGUCUUCAGC